AUGUCCUUGUUCAAGAAAGCGCAGACGGCGGUCGCGCAUAACUCGAGCUUUCCGACAUUUGGGAACAGCGAGUUGAAAAAUCUUCAGGAAUGGAUCCACGCGGAAAAGCUCUUUGUCGCCGCGAAUGGGAAAGCGUCCAAUGAGAUACAGAAAGGCGCUGAUUCUCUGCGCACAUGGGGCAGCAGUGAAGGCGACGAUAUGAGCGAUGUGCUCUCGAAAAUUGCGCUGCUGCAUGAGCAUUUGGGCCGUGCGCAGCUGCGUUACAAUUACUUUGUCUCGACCAUGCGCCUGCACCUCAAAUCGAUCCGCUCGCGCGAAGAGGCGUUCGGCGACCUGAGGAACAAGAAACGCCAUCUUGCAUCCAAGAUUGAGGGUGUGGAGAAGAAGCUUGCCAAGAUGGGCCCGGAGAACAAGGAUCUUGCGCGCGUCACGAGCAGCCUACGCGAAAUGCGCGGCGAUAUGGACGUGCUGCGCAACGAGGAGGUGCACCAGGACGCCGCCCUGGGCGACUUCAAGCGCCAUACAGUUGCUGAGGCGUUCAGCCUUACGAGCGGUGGGCUCAUGGAGCUUGCAGAGAAAAGCGUCGUGAUUGCAGAGACCACAAGACUGCUUUCGGAAGAAAUUCCACUUGGCGCGACCAUCCCCGGCCAGGUUCGUGCGCCGUACCGCAACGAGGCGCGUACGGAGCGGCUCCUCCACGAAGCCAUCCGCCAGCUCGACACGAUCCACUUUGAGCCGCACCAGGAUGCGGCGCAGCUGAGCAAAGAGUACGGGUCGCCAAACGUGGCCGGCGCAAACGAGCAGUUUGUGCCGUCCAUGACCCCAGUUCCCACCGACACGGCCGUGGACGCCGCGCCGGGUGCAGGCGCAGGUGUGGCUGUGGGCACCGCCUCGGCACGAUCCGCAUACGGCCGCCAGUCGUCGGGCUACCCGCUCGAGCAGAGCUACCAGGACGAUCCUAACCGGGGCAGCCAAGGCUGGGUCGCUCCUGGCCACGAAUCUGUGCUUGUCCAUCCGCCGCAGGAGCCCAUCCAAGGACUGCCGACCGUGCUCGAAGGUGACGACACGCUCGAGUUUGGCGAAGAACAGGCGCUGCGCGAGCGAGACGCGUACACGUCUUUGCCCGUCGCCCAGGCAGAAGAGCAUGCUCGAAAUCCACCGAGCUAUGCGCAGGAUACACACCCCAACGAGCACCCCUCGCGCUCCUACGGACCUGGCUUUGCUGCGCAGCGCGAAGAAGUGCAGGCGUACCAGGAGCCGCCUUCUUCUCGGCAUGCCUAUCCUGAGUCUAACUAUGCGCCGCAGGAGCCCGCGCCUUAUUUCCAGGACGGCGGCGCGGGUCCGUACGACGCCGUGUCGGGGCUGCCGAGUGAUGCUAUUCCUGCGUACCCGCCCAUGCCGCCUGGCGUCCCUCUAUAUGCGUCCCUCACGCCCAUCUCGCGCGACUCUCCCAUGGAAGAGUUCGCGGGCGAAGGCAACCGCGCCUAUUUUGAAGGCGUCGGCGGCACAAAAGCACUGCAGGCUGCUGCGGCGCGCUCUGGCAACUUUCCCAUGGACAACUUUGACAUGAACAGCACGCCAAACAUGUUUGUAGCUGGUAAUGAGGGGCGCAGUUUUUCUCCGUCUGCUCUGCGUCCUGGCAUGGGCGGGCAUGGAUCGCAUACCGGGCAUGGAUACCGCCGUGAGAUUGUGCAGCAUGACGCGCGCGAUGCUGUCCACCCGGUGCAGUAUGCCCAUCCCGUCCAUCCAGUCCAGCCCGUCCAGCCCGUCCAGCCGGGUGUUUCCUAUUACCCAAGCGCGCCUGGUGAGACGUACCCCGACGCUCGAGUUCAAUAUCCCCAACAUGAGCCCCCCGCGUACCAGCCAGCGCUCCCGGACGUAGCACACUCUCCUCGGGGCGCAGCGCCGCCCGUGCAAGUCGGUGCGUACCUGCCGUACGUCGCCGCGCCUGUGCGCUCUCCACUCGUUUAG